UCUACUUUGAUACUGAGAUGAUCAAUUACAAUAUUUCCGGACGUAUUGUGAAUGGAACAAAAGCAGCGAUUAGUCAAUUCCCACAUCAGGUAUCAUUGAGACGUUCUUGGUCUGGAAAUCAUUUCUGUGGUGGAAGUGUGAUUAGCGAACAUUUAGUUUUAUCAGCAGCCCAUUGCAUGUAUCGCUAUGGUGAAGUUAUUUUACCGUGGACAGUUACGGUUGUUGGGGGAGAAAUACAACUCGAUCGUACGACGGCGGCUGGUCAGAAAAGGGGCGUACGAGAAAUUAUCAUUCAUCCGGAAUUUAAUGACGUUACUUACCACAACGAUAUCGCUAUACUCCAGUUAAAAGUACCAUUUCAAUUUACGGCACAAUUGAAAGCAAUACAAUUGCCAAUAGACCAAUUUCCACCAGGUACAAUCUGUCAGGUAUCAGGUUGGGGUUACCCUGAAGAGAACAUUCCAAUCGUGACCAACGAUUUGAUGUACGUGGAUAUGCCAAUUUUGAAUGUAAAAAAUUGUCGUAAGCUGUUAGAAAAUGUGACGAAUUUACCACCGGGGAUGUAUUGCGCUGGUUAUAUCGAUGGUUUGAAAGAUGCAUGCCAGGGUGAUUCCGGUGGCGGAAUGGUUUGCGACGGUUUUCUAACGGGUAUCGUUUCCGCCGGUGAGGGUUGCGCGAAACCAAAACUUCCUGGAAUUUACACGGACGUUUUAUUUUACAAACACUGGAUAAAGUAUCCCUUAGCUUACGAGAAAUCCGUCCGAGAUGAUUCAGAUGAACAUUAUAAUUCUGCUAAUAAGAUACAAUCGACCGCCAUUACGAUAGUUACAUUUAUAUCAAUAUAUUUGUACAAAUUGUUACUGCUUUAG